AUGGAGAUGUCUUUGCAACUGAACUGCAAAACCGUGUUUCCCUACAGAGGCGGUUGUGUGAAGCUGAACCCGUUUUCUGGGGUGUUACCUCGUCGUUCUGUAACGUUUGCAAGUGUUUACACGUGUACACCGUGCAAAGUAGGUUGGGGUGCUUCUUUCGUCCGUGCCAGUGCAGAUUUUCCCCGGAGGAGGCAACAGAAGAAGGUGUCAGUUACAAGGCCCAAAGGCACUGCUGCAAAGGGUUUUGUCCCAAGCAAAAGGAAUGCAAGAGUGAAGAAGGGAGACUCAUUAACUCCUGUAGUCAGUGACGUUUCAGGGGGGGAUAAGAAACAAACAGUGGAUGUGAAUAUUGAUGAUGAUAAAGAAGGGGAAGUUGAAUUUUCGGAAGACGAGAGGUUUGAGGUUGUAGAUAGAACUGAUGAAAUUGUUGGGGAUGUGGGGGAAUUAUUGUUGUUAGAUGAGAGGGUGGAUGUUGUUGAAAGCAGUCAAGAUAACAUUUCUAUAAUUGAUGAGGAUGUUGAGGUUCUCGAGUUAAAGAAGGAGGAUAUUCCUUACAAUGGAGAUGUUGGGAUUGUUAAAGAUUCAGAAGAAGGGUUCUUAGAUCGCGCCCAAAUUGAUGAGAAUGUUAAAGAUGCAGAUACUGGUACUGUUGGUGAAAUAACUGAUGAAGCUGAUGAGGAAUCAAGCACUGCUAAUGAUGAUAGAAUAAAGGAGGAAGCUUCUCGGCAAUUGAGGUUAGAGUUGGAAGAAAAUCAGCGCCAGCAGGAGAUAGAGAGAAUUGCUGAGGAAAAACUUUCUCAAGGGACCAAGCUGUUUGUAUAUCCUCCUGUGGUUAAACCUGAUCAAGAUAUAGAAGUUUUCCUUAACAAGAGCCUUUCAGCACUAAGUGAGGAGCCAGACAUUCUGAUCAUGGGGGCAUUCAAUGAUUGGAAGUGGAAAUCUUUUUCCGUGAAGUUGAAUAAGACACGUCUCAAGGCGGAUUGGUGGUCUUGCCAACUAUAUGUGCCAAGAGAGGCCUACCAGGUAGACUUUGUGUUCUUCAACGGACAAAAUGUCUAUGACAAUAAUGACCAAAAAGACUUCUGCAUACCCAUUGAUGGAGGAAUGAAUGCAUUAGCAUUUGAAGAUUUCUUACUUGAGGAGAAACGUAAAGAAUUAGAAGAACUUGCUAGGGUGCAAGCUGAAAGAGAAAGACAAGCAGAAGAGCAAAGACGAAUGGAGGCAGACAGAGUUGCAAAGGAAGAGGACAGGUCACGGGCAAGGGUGGAGGUUCAAAGAAUGCGAGAAACAUUGCCGCAAUUGAUGAAAAAUGUUGUAAAAUCAAUUGAUAAUGUUUGGUAUAUUGAACCUAGUGAAUUUAAAGGCAAGGACUUGAUCAGAUUAUAUUAUAACAGAAGCUCAGGUCCUCUUGCACAUGCUAAUGAAGUAUGGAUUCAUGGUGGGCACAAUAAUUGGAAGUAUGGAUUAUCAAUCAUUGAAAGGCUUGUCAAGUCUGUUUUAAAAGGAGAUGACUGGUGGUAUGCCGAUGUUGUUGUACCUGACCAAGCUCUUGUCCUGGAUUGGGUCUUUGCUGAUGGUCCACCUCAAAAGGCAGGUGUGUAUGAUAACAAUGGUAAAAAAGAUUUCCACGCCAUUGUCCCUAUGGUUACACCUGAUGAACAGUAUUGGGUUGAGGAAGAGCAACUGAUAUACAGAAAAUUUCAGGAGGAGAGGAGGUUAAGAGAGGAAGCCAUACGUGCAAAGGCUGAAAAGACAGCACAAAUGAAAGCCGAAACAAAGGAAAGAACUUUAAAAAGAUUUUUGCUUUCUCAAAAGCAUAUUGUAUUCACUGACCCUCUUGAUGUUCAAGCAGGGAGUACAGUGACAGUAUUUUAUAAUCCCUCCAACACAAAUCUGAAUGGAAAGCCUGAGGUUUGGUUUAGAGGUUCAUUUAAUCGCUGGUCUCACCGUAAUGGUCCAUUGCCACCUCAGAGGAUGUUACCUGCAGAGAAUGGCACCCAUGUCAAAGCCUCUGGCAAUGGGUUUUUAGAGCCUGUGGAUUCCAUUGCAUAUGGAUUUGUUCAGAAAAAAAUUCAAUAUGCUACUGCAUAUAUUAGAGAUAAAUAUAAGGAUGGAGAGCUUUUUCUGUUGGCUGGCCUUGAUCUGGUGGGUAAAAAGACAUUGGCCCUGAAAAAGUUUAAUGAUUGUGUUUCUGCAGUUAAGGUUCCACUGGAUGCAUACAUGAUGGACUUUGUAUUCUCUGAGAGUGAACAUGGUGGAGUUUUUGACAACAAAUUUGGAAUGGAUUAUCACAUACCUGUUUUUGGAGGUAUUGUAAAGGAGCCACCUUUGCAUAUCAUCCAUAUUGCUGUGGAGAUGGCCCCAAUCGCAAAAGUUGGGGGCCUUGGUGAUGUUGUUACUAGUCUAUCCCGGGUUAUUCAGGAUUUAAAUCACAAUGUGGACAUCAUUCUUCCAAAGUAUGACUGCUUGAAUCUUAGCAACGUAAAGCAUUUUGAAUAUCACAAAAACUAUGUAUGGGGAGGGACUGACAUAAAAGUAUGGCAUGGAAAUGUUGAAGGUCUAUCUGUCUAUUUUUUGGAGCCUCAGAAUGGAUUCUUUCAAGUGGGCUGUGUAUAUGGUCGAGGGAAUGAUGCAGAGAGAUUUGGUUUCUUUUGUCAUGCUGCUCUCGAGUUUCUACUCCAAAAUGGAUUUCAUCCCGAUAUCAUCCACUGCCAUGAUUGGUCAAGUGCUCCGGUUGCAUGGAUAUUUAAAGAGAAUUAUGCACAUUAUGGUCUUAGUAAAACCCGACUUGUCUUCACUAUUCAUAACCUUGAAUUUGGAGCCCAUUUCAUUGGAAAAGCUAUGCAAUAUGCUGACAAAGCUACAACUGUCUCCCCCACAUAUUCAAGAGAGAUUGCUGGUAAUCCUGUAAUUGCUCCUCAUCUUCCCAAGUUCCAUGGUAUAAUAAACGGAAUCGAUCCAGAUAUAUGGGACCCAUAUAAUGAUAACUUCAUUCCUGUAUCAUACACAUCAGAAAAUGUUGUUGAAGGAAAAAGAGCUUCUAAGGAAGCCUUGCAACAAAAGCUUGGUUUAAAAAGAGCUGAUCUUCCUAUAGUUGGAAUUAUUACUCGAUUGACUCAUCAGAAAGGAAUUCAUCUAAUCAAACAUGCCAUGUGGCGCACCCUAGAACGUGGUGGACAGGUUGUAUUACUUGGUUCAGCCCCAGAUCCUCGUAUCCAAAAUGAUUUUGUGAAUUUGGCCAAUGAAUUGCAUUCCUCUUACAAUGAUCGUGCUAGACUUUCCCUUGCAUAUGACGAGCCUCUUUCACACUUGAUAUAUGCUGGUGCGGAUUUCAUUCUUGUUCCUUCAAUCUUUGAGCCAUGCGGACUCACUCAACUCACUGCAAUGAGAUACGGUUCAAUACCUGUUGUUCGAAAAACUGGAGGACUUUUUGAUACAGUAUUUGACGUUGAUCAUGAUAAAGAUAGAGCACAAGCACAAGGUCUUGAGACAAAUGGAUUUAGUUUUGAUGGAGCUGAUGUUGGAGGUGUUGAUUAUGCUCUCAAUAGGGCAAUAUCAACAUGGUAUGAUGGCCGUGAUUGGUUUAACAGUUUAUGCAAAAGGGUGAUGGAGCAAGACUGGUCUUGGAACCGGCCUGCUCUUGACUAUUUGGAGCUUUACCAUGCAGCACGCAAGUUAGAAUGA